GAACAUCACUUGCCUUAAAAACCCUACAGGGGUCGCCAUGAGUCACCUACGGCUCGAGGGCACCGCCCACCUUCCUGACCAGCCAGUGGGCGGGGUGUUAUGUUCGCCCCUCCCCUCGGCUCCAUUUCUCCCGCUAGACUUGAAAACGCUCGGGGGCGUGGCCUGUUGCCUUUGGCAACCGUCAUAGCAACCGGCUUGAGGAAGACGCUGCUUUUGGGUCGCCCACCAUGCGAAGAGUGGACCAUGUGCCCGACCUGGCCGAGACGGCGGCUCUGCAGAGGAGGCGCUUCCGGGAGUUGCAGCGGCAAAGCCGGGUGUUCGAUGCCCGGACCCGGACGAUCGGGGUCGACUUGGAAGGUCUAGAUGCACAAGUCAAUGAUAAAAGGAUUCGGGACGCAACUGAAAGAGCCUGGGAUGCAACAAUCGCUGCAGAAAUGAAACAGAACGACAAGAUCAUGUGCAUUCUAGAUCAGCGGCAGAAAAAAGAUGCUCUCAAUAUCAAAAAAGCUGUCCAUGAAUUUCACCAAACUUUUCAGCAGCCGGAAACGCGGCGUGAAUUUGACUUGUCUGACCCGCAAGCCCUGAAGAAAGACACGCCGGCUCGUAUGGCAGAUAAUGACCCUCGAUGCACAGUAUCUGGCUUGCAGAAAUUUAUGGGAGAGGAUCUGAACAGUGUGAACAGGAAGAGAUAUCAGCAGGAGCAGGCGAGAGAAUGGCUCCUAGAGCAGCAAAAAGACUGGACGAAUGCACUGGCAGACCGGAAAUAUGCAGAUGGUCUGCACGAUGCACACAGAUUGGACCUGGACCAGAAGGCGAUGGACCUUCAGAGGGCCGAUGAAGAAACACGACGAGCCGUUUGUGCUGCUACUAAAGAAUUCAAUAGAUCACAGGCCAUCGAAUCUGGAGAAAAAAAGAAAUUAGAAAAGCAGCAAGAACUAGAAGAUAACGCAGCUGAGAUUUCAAGUACACUGAGAGGAGACCUGUUGUCUGAAAAUCCACAGCAAGCCACCAGCUCCUUUGCCCCACAUCGAGUGAUUACUGACCGAUGGAAAGGGAUGAAUCAGGAUCAGCUGAAAGAAAUACGGGAUGUUCAGCUGCAACAAGUCCUCGAGAAGCUGAGGCUGGAGGAGGAAGAACGUCAGCGAAACGCAGAAUGGGACAGGCAGCGCAUCCAGGCUGCCCGGGCGGAAUUGCUGUUUGAGCGCCACCAGCAGCGCCAGAAUCGAGAGCUCCGGAGAGCCCUGGAUAACAGUAACGCUCAGCUCUUCCAGGAUCAGAAGAGCAGGAGAGCUUUCCUUGAUGAAGCAGUAUAUGCCAAUUUUCCAUCUGGCCAGUAUUACACACAGUUCAAUACAGAUAGUCGAUGAUGUUGGCACCAAUAUUCAUUUUUAGCUGUGCAUCUCAAACGUUGCUGGUGGAAAUAGUUGAAGAAAGUAGAUUUGUAACAGAGAGGGCACAACGUCAGCACUGUUUUUCUUGGUGUGUGAAAACUUUGAAACUCACUCCGCAGACAAAAACGAAAAUCUGAAUUCACUUAGGAAGAAGGCACAAACAUUAAAACAAGCUGAUGUUUACA